GGCGAGGCCGGGACUGCAGCCCCGAGGCGCGUGGGGCGGGCGGGGCAGUCUGUGGUUGUUGCCGUGCCUGUGGCUGGGUCUUUUCGCUGGACGCUGUCCAGGCAUGCUUCCGCUGGACCGCUGUGCGGGUCUUGGGCUGUGGCUGAGGGAUGGCGAAUGUGCGGGUGGCCCUGAGGGUCCGGCCUCUCAGCAAGCGGGAGAUCAAAGAAGGGGGAAGAAUUAUUGUGGAAGUUGAUGACAAAGUGGCAAAAAUCAGGAAUGUAAAGGUGAGCAGUCGACCAGAGAACUUUGGAGACACCCGGGAGAAGGUUGUGGCAUUUGGCUUUGAUUACUGCUAUUGGUCAGUCAACCCGGAGGACCCUCAAUACGCAUCUCAGGAAGUGGUGUUCCAGGGCUUGGGGACUGAAGUACUGUCUGGAGCUGCCAAAGGCUACAAUAUUUGCCUCUUUGCCUAUGGGCAGACUGGCUCUGGGAAGACAUACACCAUGCUGGGGACUCCAGCCUCUGUUGGGCUGACCCCACGGAUAUGUGAGGAUCUCUUCAUCAGGGAGGAUGCCUGUGCCUCACUGCCUUCUUCCCCUAGCAUAAAAGUAAGCUUCCUGGAAAUCUAUAAUGAACGGGUGAGAGAUCUUUUGAAUCGAUCCAGUCAAAAUAAGUCCUAUAGCUUGAGGGUCAGGGAGCAUCCAGAGAUGGGGCCCUACGUCCAAGGUCUAUCUCAGCAUGUAGUUACCAACUAUCAAGAAGUUAUCCAGCUCCUGGAGGAGGGGAUAGCAAACAGGAUCACAGCAGCCACCCAUGUUCACGAGGCCAGCAGCAGAUCCCAUGCCAUCUUCACUGUCCACUACACACAGGCAAUCCUCCAGAAUAACCUCCCCUCAGAGACUGUCAGCAAGAUCAACCUUGUGGACCUAGCAGGCAGUGAGAGAGCAGAUCCCAGUUACUGCAAGAACCGGAUUACUGAAGGUGCCAAUAUCAACAAGUCUCUUGUGACUCUGGGGAUUGUCAUCUCCACUUUAGCUCAAAACUCCCAAGUGUUCAGCAGCUGUCAAAGCCUCAGUAGUGCAGCCAGCAGUGGAGGUGACAGUGGGAUUCCUAGCACUGCAUCUGGGACCAGCAGUGGAGGGGGACCUGUAAGGAGGCAGUCUUACAUCCCAUACCGGGACUCUGUGCUGACCUGGCUACUGAAGGAGAGCCUCGGAGGCAACUCCAAAACCAUCAUGGUUGCCACUGUGUCCCCUGCACAUACCAGCUACAGUGAGACCAUGAGUACUCUGAGAUAUGCAUCCAAUGCCAAAAACAUCGUCAACAAGCCACAGGUGAAUGAGGAUGCCAAUGUGAAGCUCAUCCGAGAACUCAGGGAGGAGAUUGAUAGGCUGAAAGCCAUGCUACUGAGAUUUGAACUGAUAGACCAGCGGACUCAAGCCUGGACUCGGGAGUGGAAUGACUGGAAGGCACUCAUGGAGCAUUAUAGUAUGGAUAUCAACAGGAGGAGGGCUGGGGUGGUCAUCGACUCCAGCCUGCCACACCUGAUGGCUUUGGAAGGUGACGUGCUCAGCACAGGUGUUGUAAUUUAUCACCUCAAGGAGGGGACAACAAAAAUAGGAAGAAUUGAUUCAGACCAGGAACCGGACAUUGUCCUUCAGGGCCAGUGGAUUGAGAGGGACCACUGCACCAUCACUAGCACUUGUGGAGUGGUCAUUCUCCGGCCUACCCACGGGGCACGCUGUACAGUCAAUGGCCGAGAGGUCACUGCUUCCUGCCGCCUGACUCAAGGAGCUGUUAUAACACUGGGGAAAGCACAGAAGUUCCGAUUUAACCACCCUGCUGAGGCUGCUUUGCUGCGACACCACAGACCUCAGGUUGGAGAAGCUCUUUGCAGUAGUGGUUCUUUGGAAUGGCUGGACCUGGAUGGAGAUGUCACUGCCUCAAGACUGGGUCUCUGUCCUGCACUUUGGAAGAAGAGGAAAGUGCUACAAGAAGAGUGUGACAAGAACCAGCAGACAUCAAGAAAUGGCAAGAUAUCCCAUAGAGCCUGGACUGAGCAACAGCAGUGCUGUGUGGGGGAUCUGAGACAGCAAGCCAUAGAAGGACAGGGUAGAGUUCAGAAGGAGCCAGAACUGGACCAGACACAUAACAGCCAGCAGAUAGAAGACAACCAGCAGUGGCUACUCAGAGGAGAGUCCUGGCUAGCCAGCUUACAGGAGAUACAGCAAGGAGACAACAGUGGAGAAGAGAAAGAACUUGAGGCCUUUGUGGCACCUGAUGCUUGGCUUCCAACAGUUCCUCAGAUUCUACCAUCCCCACUGGUCCAAAGCCAUAAGAGGGUGAUACAGCUGCAGCGCUUACGGAGACGCAUUUCUCGGGCUACAGUGUGGAACAUCAGGCAGAAAAAGAUCUCAUUACAGCUGGAGAGAAUUAUUAAGAAGCGGAGGCUCCCGGAGACCCAGAGGAGACUGGAGCAGCUCAGGGCACUCUACUGGCUCCAGGAUGAUGGUGCCUCCAAGGGCCCAAGUUGGGUCUCCAGCUCUAACACUACAGGACCAGGUUCUCAGCGUAGAAGCAGAUGGACAACUUGUAGCUCUCUGAGCCUCCAAAGGCUCUGCAGCCAACGUUUGUCCCAGCUACACAGUGCUUUCAUGAACUGGAACCCUUCCACCAUGUCACCACCUCUGCCUGACCUGACUCACCAAAUACCAGAGAAAACCCUAUCAGCAGAUUCCAUUCCCCAAGCUGCUGCUUACCCUCCAAGGACAGGAUACUUGGGGAGGAACAGCCUCCAUCCAUCAAGCUGGAGAAAGCUCUGUCCAGCCAGGGGAGCCUCAGCCAGAGGGGGAGUCUCUGCCCAAGGCACCUGUCUCACUGUGAGCCACGAGUCUGUCAAUAGCCAGGAAACUGAGACAUUGGGUAAGCAGCCCUGUCAGAUGACCUCCCAGGGCUUAGUGACUAAGAAGCUAAAGCCAAGGGAUGGUUCAAGGACCACUGCUACACAGACCAGAAGGGCUAAGGGACUAGUAGUCUCUGGCAACACAAAAACUGGAUGGCAAAAAGAAGGGAGCUGUGGGACCUACAAGGCUCCUAAGGAAACCACUUCCCACUCUACUUAUCUCAAUGGGUCCAAGCUAGCAGCUGGGCAUGGGAAAGCAGUCAAGACUUUCCAGGCAGAAUCCAAACCAUUUCCUCCAAGCAGGGCUUCAAAAAAACACCAGAGGGUGCUGCCAGCAGCUAGGGGCAGAGAUGUUGCAAAAAAGUGCUCUCGUUUGCCUCAUGGCAGUCCUUUAAAAAGACAACCUAACACAGGGAAUUCAGACAUUCUGGCCUCCUUCACAGAUUCCAGACCUAUAAUGGAUCGUGCAAGAGAAAAGGACAAUGAUUUAUCUGACACUGGUAGCAGUUACUCAGUGGAUUCUCUCUCUUACAUCUAUGCCAAAGUCCCAGAGGAGCUGUUGAAGCCAGCAGGCCUUCAGGAAAAAUGGGAUCUUCCAGAUCAAGAGAACUCUGAAAGUGACAGCAGUCAAAUAUCUGAGGAUUCACUUGCUGAGAAAGGGUACCAAAGCCCCCUAGAAAACUCAGGGGGUGAAUGUUCUACCAUGAACCAUGGGCAGUCAAGGGCCAGAAUUUCAUGCUGUCUAAGUCGCCUCCCCAAGGCCUCUGACAGUAGUGUGUGUGCUCGAGCACAUAGGAGCUUUUCUUUGGACAGCCUGAUUGACACCGAAGAACUAGAAGAAGAGAGGCAAGAGGAGUCUUUUGCUGAUGAGAUGCCUACAGAGACUUUUUGGCACCUGCAGAAGGCCACCCUAGCUGCAGUAGACCAGGAGGCAACAUGCGGGCCUAGCCCUGUCAACCACAGAACAGUAGUCAGGCUAAAUGCCCUCCAGCCAAAGAACAAUUCAUUUUACCUUGAUCCUCAGUUCCAGCUCCACUGUGAGCAGCCUGAGUCAGAACAAGCCAACUCCCUCCAAAGCAUGCAGCUUUCAAGAGGGAGCCCCCUGGUAUCUGUGGAUUCAUGGUUUUCUUGUGAUUCUAAGGUCAAUCUCAGCAGCCCCUCAGCAACUGUACAGUCUUUAUGUCCAAGUCCUGAUGUACAUGGAAUUCAGCCCCAUGAUGAGAUGCCUGGACACUGGCUAAACAUCGAAGAAGUAAAGCCACCAGGUACAGUCCUGCCAUAUAACUGCAAACUGCACCAAGACAGUGCUGAGCCAACCUGCAGUUCAGAUUUGUACACAACCUCUGCUUCUCAUACAGCCAAGCCCUCAGUUUGUGGAAGUCAAAGGCUCCUUCGGCCGGGAGUUGAUGGUGUCUUUCAGGACAAAGAAAUCCCUGACAUGAUCUAUCAGGGCAUCUCUGAAGAGUUACACAAUUCUGACAUGUCAAGUGUGCUGGCUCCCUCUGCCACAUCAUUGACUCAUGUAGGCACCAUUCAUGAGAAGGACUGGGCUGCCCUUCAGCAAAAGUAUCUCCUUGAAAUCUCUAAUUCUGUUUUGGAAGCUGUGAGAGAGCCCAGGCCAGUUUUCUCCUUCCUGGAGGAAGACUCAAGCUCCCUGGCUGAAGCUUCUGAAAAAGUAGAUACUCACUUGCCAGUUGGCCCUGGGUUGUCUAAAAAUUUAGAUUUCAGCUACUUUCCAGCCCACCUGUCAAAAACCAGGCACCUAAAAGCAGAGAAAGACCAUGACAGUUUGAGUGCCAACUUAGAAAGUGCUUCUGAUCUCUUCAGUACCACAGAGAAGGUGAGUUAUAAUAGGGCAUACUCAGUAGACCUAGAAUCACUGACUUCUGGUUCUAUAAACACACAGAGCUGUAAAGCAGGAAACAAGAUACCAAAUUAUGUGACAGAAGCAUGGGAAGUCAAACAGGCCAGCUUGGAAAGAUGCCUUCAAGAUAGCAGGAACCCUGGGCUGAUAACUUCCUCUGGGCAAUAUUUCUCCCAGAAGAAGGCUUAUCAUAAUCAUGAUACAUUAGCCACCAAAGCAGACCAAUGGCCUCAAGAUGGGGCUCUUCUCAGGAAAAACACUGCUGUCCCUUCAAGACUGUUAAGUCACCACAGCCGCCCGCACCCACUGCUGGAAGAGAAGGCAGAUUCUCAGCAGCAAGCCAAGGAAGCAGCUGGAACACAUACAGACACUUCUUGCGCUUCCACUUCAAGUCAAGAGCUAUCCCUGCACUCUGCUCCCUGGAGUCCUUUCCCAUCUUCUCUACAGCCACCUCCCUUGGAAACAUUCUAUGUAACCAAAAGCAGGGAUGCCCUGACAGAAACCGCCUUAGAGAUUCCAGCCUGCAGGGAAGCCUGGGUGCCAUCCCCACCCCCUAGGGAAGCCUGGGGCUUUGGUCAUAGCUAUCAAGUCCUCCAGAAAGCUCACUGGAAGAAUAAUGUACCCAAGUUGUCACAUAGCCAGAAUUCUAAGAUUGACCCAUCUCAGCAGAUGACAACAAAGAGGCCAACUAACCUGAACACAGGAGAAGUUACUGAGGAACUGGAGACAUGCUCUAGAAAUAUGAGUGAGGAAGGGAACCAUGAUUCUACUUACUGUUUUGUAGCUCAGAAUACACAUCAUUUCCCUUCUGGCAGCCUCAAAGUUUGUCAAUGUGGAAAUCAAUUUGGAAUUUUAAAUAAAAAGUACAGCCUCGCAGUCCACAAGGAAGGAGAAGGGGCCUCUGCAUGGCACCGCUGCAGUGUUGCCUUUGAUGGCAGUGAGUCAAAGACUUUGCUUUUCAUUUGUGAUUCCAAUGCAAGUGGGGAAGAGCAGAACCCACUCCCACCACAGGUCCAGGCCUGUGGUGUACACAGCCAGUCCUCUGGAGCCAGGUCUGAUUUCAUUGGUAAAAUCACCAGUUUAGACCUAGAGAAGGUCAUACCAGAGGAAACUGAUGUUUCUUUGAAAUCCAGAUCAUUUCACUGUCGAGUAAGCAGCCCCAUGAUCAUGGCAGGAGGUGGGAAUCCAACUCACAGAUGGGAGGAAAGAAAUGAAACUGUGCUUCUCAGGGAAGUGAUUUCCAAAGACAUCCAAGAAGAGUUCAGUCUCCCAGGAACCCAGUAUAUCUGUGAAAGAUGCCAUCUAGUUAUGUGUUCUCAGGAAAGAAAGCCUAUUGAAUGCAAGGUCCGUGGGCAGUCACAAGAAAUAAAGUUCAAAGAAGAACCGUUGGGAAAGAAACAGAACAAGAGAGUUAACAAUGCAGAUGAAAUGGCUAGGCUGAUCAGGAGUAUAAUGCAGCUGGAAACUGGCAUUUUAGAAAUUGAAUCCAAGCAGAACAAGCAGCUUCAUGCUUCCCAAAUGCCAAGAACAGAGUUUAUGUUCCAGGCCCUACAGGACCAGGAGAGGGCUGACCAUGUCCUGAUUCCAGGAAGUUCUGGAAAACAUUUAUUUGUUGAGAAUCAGCCAUCUUUUCCAAUACAGAUAGAGAAUGGUAUCUUUGGAGACAGUGAGGCUAGGGAAAUGGAGGGUAACAAUGCUGUCAGUAAUAAUGCCCAGACCCAGAAAAUCAUAGGAAGCCUGUUCAGAUCAGGGGGCUAUGCACAGAAGAGGCAGUCUGAGAGUGAACACUCACACCCACCACCUGGAAUAGAGGGACUUGCCAAGGAUACGUGUGAUUCUUUGGGGAAGGGCAUAGCUCUCAGAGAGCCUAGCAGCAUUUCCCUUCACUCAAGGAGAAAGACAGUGUUAGCUAGAGCCCUGCCAUCACAGCCCAGUGUAGAAAGCUCUCCUCAAAAGGACAAACUUCUAAAAGCAUCAGCUGACUUCCAAGACCAGCCUUGGACCUUGGGAAAUCUUGAGGAAUCAGAGACUGUGAAAAGUUUUCAAGAAAGCCGAAUUGGUGAACUCCCAAGUGAUUCAGGGUUGCAGGACACAAACACUCAUGGGAGAGUUAACGAAAUGACAGUGGAAAGGGGAGGAGAUCUACAAGAAAAUAUGUUUUCAUCCACCCAGAAACUUCCCACUUCAAGCCAUCAGUGUAAGGGCACAUUUUCCAGCCAGAAGACUGUCUCCCCAUUCCAUAACCAGACAGACUUCUCUGCAGCUCUUCCUUAUGGAGAACCAAGUGGUAAUCAAUCCUUGCAUUCUCCAAGCUCACCAAGAAGCUGUUUGCAUGCCUCUGACACCAAAGGCAUUUCUUUAUUUGAGUACAUGUUAGAGCCUACAAUGCUGAAAAUUAAUAGAAGUUCCUUGGCAACUGGAGUAGGGCAUCAGGAUUAUAGUGAGGCCAGAAGCAGUAGCCCACAGGGAAGUGUUACAACGGAUGCUUCCACUGCACACUCUGACUGUUGUGGAUCUGUGACACCCAUGGUCAUGAGAACUAAUGAUCAGUCUGUUACACCACAGAGCAUUCUACUAGAGACAGAGGACUGGAUAACAGUAAGCACUAGCCCCCAAGAAGACCAGAGAGGGGACUUCAGAGUCAUGUCAACGGGCUUGGCUACUCAGGAAGAGCUGGGUACUGAAUAUGAGGCCGCUAUACAAAAAGAAAUAAAAACCAGUUCCUUGGAUGGGGUUUCAAGGCAGACUGAAAAGAGGGUCAGUUUCCUCUUACAAGAAGACAGUAACCAUGGUGAGGAGGAAAGGCAGAAGGCAGAGAAGUCCGAAGACCAACAGCCUGCUAGCAGUGCCUGCUUAACAUCUUCGUCUCUACUGAGGGCACCUGAUCUGGAGCCUCUGCCACUACUCGACUCCUCUAUCCAUGCAUCCAUAUGCCUGGCUAUCUUGGCAGAGAUUAGACAGGCAAAAGCCCAGAGGAAGAAGCUUAAUGACUUUGCAGCUGAGGGGACAGUCCUUCCUUAUGAGACUUCACAAGAAGAAUGUUUUUCAGAGGCUGCUGGUAGGCCUGGGGAGCAAAUGGUUAAGCUCGGGUGGGACAGCACCAGGACUGAGGACGAAGCCCAAGGACUGCAAGUGGCAUCUCCAUCUGCCGUGUCAGCAGACCUCUUGGCUGCGGAGAGGAAAGCCCAAACCAUGCCUCCCAGUGCAGAGGGCUUUCAGCAUCUUCUCAGUCCUGAAACUGACAGAGGACCAGGGCAUCAUUUGCUGGCUUCCCCUCACAUUGUCCCAGAUCUAGAGAAAAGACAUUGUACUGGAGAACCAAGGGGAGCAAGUGGAUUGUCUGAUUCUUCUGAAAUCAUGGAGAAAAAGAAAAAGAAAGAAACAUCCAGCACACUGUCCUGUGUUGAUCCUUUGGCCCCAGACAGGCUUCUUUCUACACCAGCUGCAGAGCAGGAUGGAAGGGUAGGAUCAGAGAAAGUGUCUGUCUUACCUUCUCAAACUUCUUGUGAUGAUCCUGGCAGGAUUAUGCAUGGGCAGAGUCAGUUAGCUGCAUGGAAAACUGCAGCUAGUAUGUCCGUUGGUAGUCAGGACAGCUUCCCAGAGCAUCAGGAACCUACAAGUCCAGAUGGUACAUGUGGAGGAGGCUCAGGUAAAAUCUUAGUGACCACACAGGAAAGAAAAGCAGUCCAUUCUGAAUGUCAGUCUGUGAUCUGUAGUGUUAGUAAUUCUGCAGGCCUCUCAGGGCCUAAGCAAGACCAUGUCCAGUGUUUGGAUGCUUCUACUGGCUUAGAAGAAAUGAAGGCAAGUCCAAAGUUAUAUGCUGUUCAUGUAGGAGCUCCUAGAAAGGCUGAAGCAGAUGCUCACGUCAAGUGGAAAAAUGUUGACUCUGGCCUAGCAGAAGGCCAUGGAGCUGACAGCAAAAAUCCAAGGUCAUUGCUAGAUCAAAGACCUAGCCUGCAUCUUAGAGAAGAUGCUCCAGGUCUGUGCCCAGAAGAGUGCCUUGUCUCCGAAGGGAGCACUGGAGGCAGCAAGCCACUUGGCUUAUCUUACAAGGAGGAAGAGAACAGAACUAUUCCUUGCCCUCAGCUAACUGGUUCUCAACCUACUGAUGCUCAUGCCUGCUGUUCCCAUUCCUCUACUCUGCCAUGUUAUAGAGAUGGUUUCCUUAGGAAGGAAACUCUACAUCCCGUCCACUUACAUUUCAUAGUACCAUCUAGGGCUUGUGAAGUGGAUGGAACAAUAGAGAGCUUUUCCAAAGACUCUCUGGUGUUUUGGGCACAUGACCUUGAGCACAAACAUGUUAAUGUAGAAUAUGUGCCUGUAGACAGCAGCAUUCCCAACCCAUCCACUGUAGCUGUUGUCUCCUCUCCAGCUCAAAGCUGUUAUUCCCUUUCCACCUCGGAAGUUGAGGCAAAUUGCUUCACCCAUGCAGUUGCUAGUAGAAAGUCAGUUGAAGGUUCUGAGAAAAAGACCUCAAGGAAGAAGGCUAGCACUACUCCUCAGGAUGCUUAUUCAACUGGUCCUGCAGGCUCGCACUCUGAGCCACAUACGACUUUGAAGGAUAACUCUGUAGGGGAGAAUAUACAGGCAUCUCAAGCCAAGCCAGAACCUCCUGUGGUGAUUCAGGCACCACAUACCCUAAAUUUAAAUGAAGAAUCUGUUGACAGUGAGCUGGUGAUGCCAGCUCAGUAUGGACAUUUAGGAAACAUCACCAGAUGCUGUUCAAAAAAGAUACAACUUUCCACUGAGGUCAGGGGUCACAGUUGCUUGUGUUCCCAAGCCAAUUUUAUAGACAGGUUAAAACACACCUGCCACCCUCAGAUUGAGACUUCGUGGGAGGAAGAAGAGCAACAGCAAGACCAGGCUUCAGGAGAUGGCAAAGACCAUGCCCAGGUUGGAAAUCCAGCAUCUUCAAAUGAGGGUGGCUUUGAUGGCUUUCAUACUAGAGAUAGUAAAAAAGAGGAGAUAGUUGCAGCCAAGUCUCCUGUGUCCCAAACUUUCUUUUCAGACCCUGAAGACUCAGCUUCUCUGCCCUUCGGGCAAACUGAAACAUCCCAGUUUAUUACCCAGACUACUGGUCAACUCUACUCUGGAAGGGAGCAGCUGGCUCUCCGCCACAGGCACUCACUUCCUGUGAUUGCGGUCUUCUCUGGCCCUAAACAUGCCAGGUACUCUCCUAGACCUCAUUUCUCUGUGAUCAGCUCAUCUCAAUCUCUUCAUGAAUUAAAUUUGAGUGUGGAGUCUCCUUCCUCAGCUGGUGAAGAUGCACAGGCGCCAAAAAGAUUGUGGAGUCCACAUUUCAGGGGCCAUUCCUCAGAAAAACCAAUGUCAACAUCUCCAAAGAUUCAGGAUUGCAUUCAGAAAGCUCCAUGUAAUGUGAACAAUAGCCCCACUGAUCACAGGCCCCUGAAACCUGUCAUUCCUCCUUAUCCAACAUCAUCUACUAUAUCAUGCAUGCCAACACCUGAUUUCAUGACUGACUGGACGCCUGGUACUUUGGAACAGGCCCAUCAAGAAAAGACAGAUACACUGAAUGUUCAGGAUGUGCCAGAGAAUUGGCACACUCAGGUAGACAAAGACAUGCUGCACUUUGGUUCUAGUGACAUAAAUCCCUAUGUCCUGCCCUGGUGUCCACAGGAACCUGUGCAUAUUGGCUGGAAGCAAUAUGUGUUUGGAAGUGUAGUUGAUGUGUCUUGUAGCCAGAAAUCCAAGAGCCUAAUACCAUCAAAUAUGGCUCGGUGCUCUAGCAUGAAUUAUGCCCAGGAUGACAAGAAAUUCCCAUUUUACUCCCAUCUCAGGACUUAUGCCCAAACCCGGGACCUGUCAAACAUGUGCAACAGUAUUGAGAAUGACCAAAGUUCAAACAAAGGCUGGGAAAUACCGAGUUCCUCACUUGCCAUGGAGAAGCCCCAUAAGUUGAUUGGCUCUGAAGAAGUUGCUCCCACUCGGGAUUCUGACAAGAGACCCCCGUUCAGGGGCUCUUCUGAGGAAAUAGGCUGUCUGAGGAGUGAGCUGCCUGUGGCUGGAGGGAGCGCCACAGCUCCAGUAGAUGAGAUUGUACUGCUCUGCCCAUCUGAGGCAGCCUGUGCUGUGGCACAGGCCAGGAUGAAUACCCUUGAGCAGGGAACACAGACCCUGAGCAGCAGGCUCCACUGGAGUUGCACUGACAUAUCUGCUAAGCCUGAUACCAGGACAAUGUCAGACUCUGAACUGGCCUCCUGGACCAGCAUGCACAACCUUUCUCUUCACCUCUCACAGCUUCUGCACAGCACUUCUGAGCUACUUGGGAGUCUCUCCCAGCCAAGUGUGGUCCCAAAGGAGCAGGACAUCAAGAAUGAUUCCCCAGAUGAGGCCUCACAGGCCCUCAUUGUGGACGGGUGCACUCAGACCACUGUGGAUGAGGGAAUCCAGACGGACCUGGCCUUACCUCCUCUGUUCUUCCAGGCCCCAGAGGCCAAGCCUCAGGAAGUCACUGUCAUCCUUGAAGUAAUGGACUCAGGUAUCACCACCAUGUUUCAAGAAAAGGGAGAUGUCCCAGGAGUGUUUCACAAGAGAGGGGCAGAGGAAGCAGCAGAACCCCCAGAUCUCCAUGAAAGAAGCACCCACUAUAAACUACAGAGCCCUCCCAUACCCUCACCAUGCUUGAGGUUUCAGAAAGCUCAUCUUGGGCAGGACCUUACUUUCAUGAGCCCCCCACCUUCUACUGAUAGUUCCCCACCUCCCAGCCUGCAGCCAGAGGAAUCUCCCAUGGUGGUCAACAGUCCCAGCAUCCCCCACCAUUCAGGGCUCUUCCUUGGUGCUCCAGAAUUAACCCAGGAGCCUGAUACCCAGAAGCCGGGCCUCUCGAGUGCUCUGCUGGUGGACAGGGCUUCCUCUCCAAUCCUUACAUUUAGUGCCAGCACCCAUGAGUUGAACAACACCUUAGCCUGUUUGACUUCAUCAGCUCCUUCAGCUCAUCCUCUUGAAGACUUCCAGGAGAUUGCCAUCAGUCCUGACCUUGCUGUUUGUAAUCCAAGACCACUAAUGGAUAAUUCUCAAGCUACUAAUGAGUUGGGUGUCUCUCAGAGAGUUGAGUCUCUGGAAAGAGAAGGCAAGAGCCCCUUAGGAAAGAGUUCUGAGGGUUUAGUUCUUGAUUCUAGCUCCCCAUGCAGCCCACAGCAGAGCUCCAGUUUCCAGGUUAGUUUCUUAGGGCAGGCCCCUCAGCAGCUUCAGCCCACGAGCACCACUGGAGACCAAAGCAGACUGCCAUCUCCUCCACCAAGGCACAGGAGCCUGAAGCUAAAUGACAGCUUUGUGCCUGAGAAGGUGGCUUCCAUAGAGCAUGGUCCACAGAGAAGUAGGCAGCCAAGUCAGUGGCAGGGCCCGGUAGCAAAUGAGGGUGAGAGCUCGGUGUUUAUGGUGAAGCCACAGCCCAGUCCAGAUCUGUCAUCUUCAUGGAGAGAACUUCAGCCCCUUAGUCCUUGUCCUAUCUCCGAUGCUGCAGGACUUCGAAGUCCUGCUGUAGAGCCACCUCAGGCCUGCCAAUCUGUGGGACUGUUCUGCCCUGGUUCACAUGGGUUUGUGGCCCCUGAUCUCCAGCAUCACAGCCUGAGGGACCUCCCAGUUCAUAACAAAUUUGAUAACUGGUAUGGAGUUCAGGAUGGAUCUUGUGGAGAGCUGCAUGUCAGUGAGAAUCUAGGGGUUGGGUGUGAUUCCAGUUCUGUAGACCAAACACAAAGUUCCCCCCAACCUUCUGACAAUUACAACCAGCAUCCUGAGUGGCCCCGGUUGGAGCAUGUCCCUUUACAAGUAGGGGUCCAGAAACCCUCACUCAGUGUGGAACUCACAGAAGCAAAAUUAAACCGUGGCUUUGGGGAGGCAGAUGCUCUGCUGAAGGUGCUGCAGAAUGGGACAGGAGAGGUGUUUGCUCCUCAAGAACCUGCUAUGUCCUCUUUGGGGGAACUCUACACCAGGCAGAAAAGGACUAUAGAGACCCUCAAAAGAGAGAGGGCUGAACGACUUCAUAACUUUCGUCGAACACGAAGCCUCAGUCCCCAGAAACAACUCAGCUUCCUGCCCAACAAGGAUCUCCCUGCCUGGGAACUUGACUUGCCCAGCCGACGCCGAGAAUAUCUGCAGCAGCUGAGGAAGACUGUUGUGGAGACCACUAGGAUCCCAGAACCAGCAUCAAGGUCAGCCCACCCACCCUCUGACAUUGAGCUGAUGCUUCGAGACUAUCAUCAGGCCCGUGAGGAGGCCAAGGUGGAGAUUGCCCAGGCUCGGGAUCGGCUCAGGCAGAGGACUGAACAAGAAAAGCUGAGAAUUCGUCAGCAGAUCAUCUCCCAGCUACUGAAGGAAGAGGAGAAACUACAAAGUCUAGCCAACUCCAGCUCCCUGUGUACCAGCUCCAAUGGAAGCCUGUAUUCUGGUAUUACAUCUGGUUACAACAGCAGCCCAGCCUUCUCAGGCAACCUCCAGUCCCUAGAGGUUAAGGAGGACUCUCGAGUACCAGAUGUCCGAGACACUUGGAUAGGGGACUGGUGGGGCAGGUCCACAGUGAGGAACAGUCAGCUGUAUCUGACCGGGUCUUCCUGGAAGAGCUUAGCUCACAGCUGCAGAGCCUCCCUGGGCAGUGGCUCUCCUUCCAGUCUAUCCAGUUUAGGAACCUGCUUCUCCUCCCACUACCAGGAUUUGGCCAAACACAUUGUCAACACCUCAAUGGCUGAUGUAAUGGCUGCUUGUUCAGAUAAUCUCUACAACCUCUUCUGCCGCCAGGCAACAGCUGGCUGGAACUACCAGGGUGAGGAACAGAAGGUACAGCUUUACUACAAAGAAUUCUCUUCUACUCGACACGGCUUCUUGGGUGCAGGUGUGGUACCCCAACCGCUCUCUCAUGUGUGGGCAGCUGUGAGUGAUCCCACUCUGUGGCCUCUGUACCACAAGCCCAUCCAGACAGCAAGGCUGCAUCAGCGAGUGUCCAACAGUAUCAGCCUUGUGUACUUGGUGUGUGACACCACACUCUGUGCGCUGAAGCAGCUGCGGGAUUUCUGCUGUGUCUGCGUGGAAGCCAAAGAGGGGCACCUGUCAAUCAUGGCAGCUCAGUCUGUGUAUGACACAUCCAUGCCAAGACCCAGCAGAAAAAUGGUUCGAGGAGAGAUCCUGCCCAGUGCCUGGGUCCUGCAGCCUGUCAUCAUGGAAGGGAAGGAAAUAACCAGAGUCAUCUUCCUUGCCCAGGUGGAGCUGGGUGCACCAGGCUUCCCUCCUCAUCUUCUGAAUUCCUUUAUCAAACAGCAGCCAUUGGUUGUGGCCAAGCUGGCAUCCUUCCUUGGUAGUUAGUAUUGGGCCAUGGAGCAGCAUUGCUGAGAUGUAAGCCCAGGACUCCUGGGAACUCUAUAGCUGCUUCUAUACUCUGAGGCAAGAAGAGCCCAGGCUGCCUAUGGUAGCCAACUAUGCGAUGACACCAGCCCACUAAGGCCACCAAAACCAGUACUUAGUACUUGGUUACCUCUGAAGAGUGAGCAACCUGAAUCUCCUGGCCCUGGCUGUCCAAUGAACUCAACUCACCUUUAAAAUUUCUUUAUUUUCUGCCUCCGGGACUCAACGACACACCAAGUGUUCAAAGGCUGGAAAAAGCACAGCCUGCAGAGCUGGGGACUGCAGUGCCUUGGCAAGGUGACUCCUUGGCAGACAAGCACUAGCCAAGGGUGUUCUGAAUCUGCCUCCAAUAUUCAGCUCCAUUUUGUGAUGGAGUAACAAAAAGGACCAAACCAGUUUAAAGAAUCAACUGCACAAACCAGA